UUCUCAGCUCUACCAAAGCAUUGCCUCACUCUUUGUUAUGCAUUCUUUGCUGUGGCUAUUCUCAUUAACCUGAUUAGAGAUGUUGUUGGGAAGAAGUGGUCAAAGUUUAUACCGGUCCCAAUGGCAAUGGCAAUACCAUUUUAUUUGGGCUCUUACUUUGCCAUUGACAUGUGCGUUGGGAGCUUGAUACUAUUUCUAUGGGAGAAGACUAACAAGGCCAAGGCAGAUGCAUUUGGUCCUGCAGUAGCUUCUGGGCUGAUUUGUGGAGAUGGGAUAUGGACCUUACCUAGUUCAAUACUUGCUUUGGCUGGGGUGAAGCCACCAAUCUGCAUGAAGUUCCUAUCAAGGGCAACAAAUGCCAAAGUUGAUAAGUUCUUGUCAUCUUAAUCUUUUCAUUUAGUUAAGUUGUGUAUUAUCCCUUGGUUGUUGUCACAAUGUAUUUGCAAUUGUAAAGGUUAUGCAGUCAAGUCAAAUUUUAUUUUCUAUGGCCACUUAACAAGUGUUAAUAAUUGCAGCAUGGAAUAGAUAUAGUACUCUUUACAA